UACAUUUCCCAGGAGCCUCUGUCUCUUGAGGAAGGCAGUCAUGCGGAUAGAAACAGGAGUUGCAGUCCGCCGUGCUGCUCGAAGAAACUUGAAGGAAAGAUGAACGAAGAGGAGGAUGGCAGCCACGCAAACUCCUGCGCAGCCCCGCGGCUGCUCCCCGUUAAGUCUCUGGACGUGGCGGAGGCGGACGGAGCGAAGGAGCAGGCCUCCAAACUGUGCGGCUACUUGAACAAGCUGUCCGGUAAGGGGCCUCUGAGGGGGUUCAAGCUGCGCUGGUUCGUGUACGACCCGAGGAAGUGUUACUUGUAUUACUUCAGGUCUCCCCAUGAUGCCCUGCCUCUGGGCCACAUCGAUGUCGCCGACGCCUGCUUCAUGUACGACGUGGAGGUGGAAGAGGGGCAGUUUGAGAUCCGCACAGUCGGGAAGGAGUUCAUCCUGAAGGCCCCCAACAAGCAGGUGAUGCACUACUGGCUGCAAGAGUUGCAGCAGAAGCGAUGGGAGUACAACAGCACACGACCAGGAGGUCAGAGAGACAGCUGGAUCUCCCCGGCGCUGGUCCAUCCUUCCACCGGACUCGUAGGCAAAGAUAAUGAUACUUUCUUCAGUGAGAAACUCUGUGAAAACUUGGAGAAGGUUCGCAGUGAUUUUGCCUUUGAGACCGAGUCUGAUGCUGGGGGGAUGGUGGGGAUCCAGUCGGCCAGAGGACAGUCUUCUCCGCUCAACUUCUCACUGAAAAACUUUGGUACAGAGCUCAGAAACACCAUGUCAUACCUGCGACCCAGCAGAGCGGGCGAAAACAGACGCAGCAUGUUUUACGCCCACAACAACUUCAGCAGCUUAGAGGAGUGGGAGAUGGUGGAUGCACCACCCAAGGACUCCCCUGAACAGAAGCAUCCUCUUGACGGGCGCAGCAAUUCCUUCGGGUCGACAUUCACCUUUGAUUUUGGGCGCAACUCCUCACGACAUAAGAGGUCUUCGCUUCGAGAUUUGAAGGGGUUGGGGAGGCCCGGGCGUAGCUCUGAGAGUUCAGCGACAGAGUGUAACGGUGGCAAACAGUCAGACUCCCGGCUUCGUCUCCAGAGCCAGACAGAAGCGCUGAGUCAGAUGCAGCAGGAACAAGUCCGACUGAACGAGGAGCUGGCGAGCCAGAAGGAGCUGGUGAGACUUCUGCAGCAGACUCUAAAAACCUCGCAGUGCGACAGGUCUGCUGUUCACCGUCCAAUUCAGUCUGCGUCGUCGGACCAGAGGCAGGGUGCAGCUGCCGCUACAACCCAGGAAGAUGUGGCACACCUGGAGAAGCUGCUUCAGGACAGAGAUGAACAGAUUAAGUCUUUGUGUGGCCACAUGGAGCGCCUCUCUCUCAUAAAGGAGAGUCUGCAGCAGGAGCUGAAGGUCCUGAAAGUCAAGGUGGGGGAGAUGAACGACCAGCUGGGAAUGCUGAUGGAGACCAUCAUGGCUAAGGAUGAAGUCAUCAUUAAGCUGUCGCAGCACAGCUCUGCGCAAGACGAGAGCGGAUCACCAACGCCUCACAGAGAGCAGCAGGAGCUGGAUGUCCUCAAGGACAGCCUUCAGGGUUACAAAUCUCAGAAUAAAUUCCUUAACAAGGAGAUCCUGGAGCUGACAGAACUGCGGAGAAACGCGGAGAACAGAGAAAAGGCUAUAGAGGCGAAGUGCACGGCUAUGGAGGCCAAAAUGUGUCAGGUGGAGAGUAAAUAUCUGGUGCUGCUUCAGGAGGUCAGGACUCCGAUGUGUUCGUCGUCAGAGCAGAGCCCGGGCCGAGAGGUCAUAUCCAGGUUACUGGAGGACGCGCUGCAGGUGGAGAGUCCACAACAACAGGAACACACCAUCUUCAAACCGAACACCGUCAGUGAGUAUGACGUGUACGGCUUCAAGACCGUCCCUGAGGAGGAGGAAGAGGAGGAGAGGCUGGUAGCUAAGGUCCGGGCCUUGGAGCUGAAGUCCUUGUCCAUGACGGAUCAGGAGGUGUCCGUCGGGGUCAAGUGGGAGAAUUUCCUGGCCGGCACUAUGAACAGGGAUCUGGUUCGGUCCCCGGAGCUGAAGGCCCUGAUUCGCUGCGGCGUGCCCCACGAGCACCGCUCCCUUGUGUGGCGCUGGUGCAUCUCCUACCACGUCAAGAAGUUUCAGGAUUGCUUGAUGCCGGACUAUUAUGAGAACUUGCUGAAAAUGGCCCGGGAGAGGUCCAACCCAGCUUCCAAGCAGAUCGAGCUGGACCUGCUGCGUACGCUGCCCAACAACAAGCACUACGCCUCCCCGAGUGCAGAUGGCAUCCACAAACUCAGGAAUGUCCUGCUGGCCUUUUCCUGGAGGAAUCCAGACAUCGGAUACUGCCAGGGUCUCAACAGGCUUGCAGCCAUUGCUUUGCUCUAUUUAGAUCAAGAAGAUGCAUUUUGGACCCUCGUUGCCAUCGUAGAGGUCUUCAUGCCCAGAGACUACUACACCAAGACUCUGCUUGGCUCUCAGGUGGACCAGCGUGUCUUUAAGGACUUGAUGAACGAGAAACUGCCACGCCUCCACGCCCACUUUGAGCAGCACAAGGUGGAUUUCUCUCUCAUUACCUUCAACUGGUUCCUGGUUGUGUUUGUUGACAGCGUGGUGAGCGACAUCCUCUUUAAGAUCUGGGAUGCCUUCCUGUUUGAAGGACCAAAGAUCAUGUUUAGAUUUGCUCUCGCUCUGUUCAAAUACAAAGAAGAAGACUUUUUAAAGCUGCAGGACUCCACUGCUAUCUUCAAAUAUCUGCGAUGCUUUACGCGCACUAUCCUGGACUCAAGGAAGCUAAUGAACAUCGCUUUCUUCGACAUGAAUCCGUUCCCCAUGAGGCAGAUCCAAAACCGCCGGGCAUUCCACUUGGAGAAAGUCCGCCUGGAGCUGACGGAGCUGGAGGCCAUUAGACAGACGUUCCUGAAGGAGAGGGAGACGAGGCAUGAUGGGCGAAGCUUUGUCAGCGACGAUGAGGAGGACAACUGAUACGAAGAUGAAGAUCUUCUCUGCAGCCAUUGAGUUUUUUUUAAUUCUCAGUCAGUCUGAUGAACAAUGAUGGACGUCACAUGAAAGGAUCAAAAACUCACAUCAGUAUUCCUGCCUUUAUAUUCUUAUUUUGUAAAUGUUUGCUGACUAUUGUUUUUCUAUGUAUAAUUUUAUGUUAAUUGUAUCAAACAAUGAAUGAGCUUCUCUUUACGCCAAACCAACAUUAAUGGUCCAAAACAGUAUUGUUUUUACACCUUUUUAAAGGGAUUGUUUUCCUUUUUAUGCUGUAUUUUCAUUGAAAUUCUUUAUUUUACCAUAUUUACCUAUAACUACUCCUGUUUCACCAUUUCUAACCAUCUUUUUCCUUAUCUUCAUGUUUUUAAUGCACUUCUGAGGCCAAAGGUGAAUAUUUGCUGAAACUUUUUUUUUCUAUCAAAAAAGACGACACAAAAACAAAAGGUUUUCAUCUUCUAUUAGUUAAAUAAACCGGUUGAAUUUUUUUAUUUUGAGGAACAGUCGAACUAAAAAACCUGAGGGGUGUUAAAGUCUUAUUGAUUCCAGUUUUAUCUUUUUAAAUAAGCAGAUUUUUUUAAAGUUAAUAAUUACAUACAAAUUUCCAGACUUGCAUCUUAAGAAUAUUUACUUUGCGCAUGUUUUCAUACUGAAAUCGUACGAUGACUGCAUGAUGUAUCGAGGAGGAAACUAAAACCAAAUCCUUCAGCUCUCCACUUUAAAAUAACUUUUAUUCACGGAGAAACAGACCUUUUGUUUAUCAUCAUAUUUCAUUUAGUUCUUCAUUUGUUUUAUGGUUCAUUUGACUUUUUCUUCUCUGAUGUAUUUACACCUGUUGUCCUCAUGGUGGCAGCGUAGCAUUUGUUUUGUGUUUACACACAGGUACCCCACACAGGUACAGAAUGUGGUCUUAACAGCUGGAAAGUGUGUCAGUCAACCUGAUUGAUGCUUAAAAACCAAGAACGACAUCAGCUAUUGUGAAAUCAUCCAUGCUGUUGUACAUCCAGCUGCCUUCACAUCAUUUAUUUCUUUCCUGAUCCAUUUUCAGCAGUUUGUGAAACUCAAUAUUCCGAACGUCGGCGCAUGUUCGGGAAGUGAGCUGUGAAAACCUGGUUGGAUGGAGUCCUGGAUGCUGCUUCCUUACACCCUCCUGGGUUUUAGCCUGCUUCUCGUUUUGCUGCUGAAUCACUUCUUUUGUUUUCAUAGACUUAAACGGAGACGGCUGAAAAAUUCUCAACUUGAUUUGACUUUUUGUUUGUGAGAGCAGGACUCUCAUGGGAUCACAAUUUCCAAACUUUUUAAUAAACAUGUUUACAUGUUGGUGAAUAAACCAUGCUGUUAGUUUGUUUCUACUCUGUAAACAACACUUUUCUAAGCAGUGAUUCCCAACCUGGGGUCUGUGACCCCCCUAGGGUCCCCUCUUGUGUUUUUUCAAUGCUGAUAGUGAGGUUACCAAGAAUGUAUUUGUAAAAAUUACUUUUAAAAAAUCCAGAUAGCCAAUGUGAAAUCAAAACUCUGUAAGAAACAACUGUGUAUGGCUGUAGGGCCCUGGCAGGAAAGGGGUUACUCGUGAAAAAAAGGUUGGGAACCACAGCUCUAGAGCACGUCUGAAAGCAUUUAAAAUAUUAUUUUCUGAUUUAUUGUUCACAUAAAGGAAGCUGCACUGAAAGGUUAUGUUUACUCUCAGUAUUCUCAGCUCUGGACUGCAUAAGAUGGACUCGGAACCUUUUUUAUGUUCUAAGUGAUCAGAAAACUUUUUCUGUUAAAUCAUUUAAAUAAAAAAAGUUUAAUAAAUGA